AUGGCUCGCAAGCCGGUUAUUGCGGUGGCUGGUCUCGCCUGCGAGACGUCAACUUUUAGCCCGUCCCGAACUCUGGCUCCGGCCUUUCACCCCCAAAGAGGAUCAGAGAUUGUCCAGCGAUAUGGCUUUCUUCACAACGAUAAGCCCGUGGGCCGGGAUGCCGUCUGGAAAGGUGCUCUAAUAGGCCACGCUCUACCUGGUGGCAUGGUGACGCGCGAGGCCUACGACACCCUGUCAAAGGAAAUUGUUCAACGACUGGAGGAAAUCGUGAAAGAGCAGCCCAUCGAUGGUCUAUGGUUUGACAUCCAUGGUGCUAUGUGUGUCCAAGACCUCGACGACUCCGAGGCAGAUCUUCUUCGCCGUAUUCGCAAGGUCAUUGGUCCUGAUGUUAUUGUCUCGGCUUCCAUGGACCUACAUGGAAAUGUCUCUCGCCAUCUUGCGCACAUGUGCGAUUUGAUCACUUGCUACCGCAUGGCCCCUCAUGAAGACACGAUGGAAACCAAGGAACGAGCUUGCCGCAAUCUCAUAACCGCUCUGGGCCCUUGCUCGCCAGGCAGGCGACCGCUCAAGGCUUGGAUUCCGAUCCCGAUUUUGCUACCAGGGGAGCAAACCUCUACGCGUAUGGAGCCUGCCAAGCACAUAUAUGCUGCUGUACCCGGUGUCGAGGCGACGGACGGUGUUAUAGAUGCCGCCAUCUGGGUUGGCUACGCUUGGGCUGAUGAGCCGCGCAACCGCGCUGUUGUUGUCGUCACAGGCUGGGACAAGCUGGCUGUGUCUCGCGGUGCAGAGAAGCUGGCGAAUCUUUUCUGGGAUGCACAUGCCGACUUUAAGUUUGUGGCGCCGACGGGCUCAUUUGCAGAGUGUCUUGAUGCCGCAGUCAAGUCUCCUGCCUCGGAUCGGCCAUUCUUCAUUUCUGAUUCUGGCGACAACCCAACCGCGGGAGGCUCUGGCGAUGUGACAUGGGGCUUGACAAAACUCCUCGCCCGUCCAGAGUUUACAUCACUUGAUUGCGGCUACACUGUCAUUUACGCGAGCGUUCCCGGCCCCAAAGCUAUCGAGGUUGCUGUUGCUGCAGGUAUCGGCGCCAACGUGACUGUCACCGCCGGCGCAGAAGUAGACAAUCUACAUGCUCCUCCUCUGACAAUGACAGGCAGAGUCCACUCAAUCAAGCACGGCGACAAAGAUGCAGAGACAGAAGUCGUGCUACGCAUAGGUUGCGUUCAUGCCAUCCUGACCAAACUCCGCAAGCCAUAUCACAAAGAAAAGGACUUUACAGACGUCAAGCUCGACCCGCGAUCGGCUGAUGUCGUCAUUGUCAAGAUUGGCUAUCUCGAGCCUGAGCUGUACAACAUGGCAAAGGGCUGGAUGCUGGGGCUCACUCCGGGUGGCGUUGACCAAAAUCUUGAGAGACUGGGGCACCACAGGAUACGCCGUCCUAUGUGGCCUUUUGACAAGACAUUCGAAAACGUUCCGGAUCUGAGCACUCGAUGGAUCUCUAGGUCAAAUGAGCCACUUUCGGGCGUAGACGAGUGA